UGGAACUUCCCGGAUGUUUGCCAUUCCAGGAAGUGGGUCCUAUGACAACAAUCCUGUGACAGGGUUGUGUGUUUUGGAUUGAGGAACGUAUUGCCCUGAAAAUCGCGCAAAAUGGAUUGAUCGUGUGAUCACAAGAAGAGCAUGGAGAAUGAUGAAUUUCCGCCAGCGGAUGGGGUGGAUAGGCGUCGGACUGUACUUGUUGGCCAGUGUCGCUGCAGUGUAUUAUAUAUUUGAGAUCAGCCAAACAUACAACCGACUUGCACUGGCACACGUAGAAAAGACUUCUGGAGCUCAGACAAAAUGGCCGGGAGAUGCUUCUUCUUCUUCUUCCCCUUCUUCAACCUCAUGGACAGUGACUCUGAAAACGAGACUUCUCCUUCUGCCCUUCUGGGUGUGGGCCACCAUUUUCCUCAUUCCCUACCUCCAGGUGUUUCUCUUUCUAUAUUCCUGCACAAGGGCAGACCCCAAGACUGUAGGAUACUGUAUUCUGCCCAUCUGCCUUGCUGUUCUCUGCAACCGUCACCAAACCUUUGCCAAGGCCUCCAAUCAGAUUAGCAGGCUGCAGUUGAUUGACACUUGAACUGUUAAAGAUGUGGUCCCACAUCAGAUCUUGGUGCCAUACAGUUGGGUGAUACAAAAGUGCAUUCAUAAAUAAGAUUAUUCGUUUUUAAGACUUGGCCCUGACUUUUGCUGUAGGAAUUAAAUGAGGACAGUGCUUGGGAUUAUUUUCUUAGAAUUUUUCUGUUGGUCACCUGCAGUUCCAAACCAGUUUUUUUUUUUUUUUUUUUUACAAAAACAAAUAGGAAUAUAGUCUAACAAGGUUUCAUACUCUUUCAAGCUGAAUGUCGAAUUUGCUCUGCAUUUUAAUCAAAGUAGAUUUAUAACUGGAUCCAGAGGUAUUUUCCAUGUCAGCUCAGUCUUAAAGUACAUUUUCUAGAAGUUUCAUCUUGAUUUAGCUGAAACAAAGAAAUUAAAUUAAAUAUAUGAACUUUAAGUAGCCUAAAUGGAGGCAAUUAAGCCAUAGUACAAGAUGUGGAGAUUGUUAAUGGGGCUGCAUGAACUACAUUUCUAAAGAUGGGUAGAUUUCCUAUAAAUCAAAAUGAAUCAAGGAGUGUAAAUGUUUCCAUAGUAUGAGUCCAGUGGAUUUUUAUUGUCAAUUUAAUGCUCCAGCUGUUUGUUCUCAACUCCAGUGGACACUGUAUGAGAGGAAAAUAAGAAAACUACUGACAGUUUCCCAUUUGUUUAUAAGUGUCCAUCUUUUUACUUGUUUUGAAUAUAAAAUGCACUCAAAGAGAGAACAAUAAAAGAAUUUGUAAUAAAAAAACUUUUGUAUUAAAAAAUAAUCUGUGAUGAAUACAUUUUAAUAUCAGUAUUUUGUUCCAAAUAUGAUUUCUUGUCAGCUCUAGUCAUGGAAAGAUAGUAUUUUCCUUUUAUUUCUUAAUUUGUGUUUAUUUGACAAAUACUAAUUCUGUAUCAGUGAUAUUCAAGUGUCCUCAGAGAAAAAACAUCUGUGUGUUUCUGAAAUAAGUUCAUAAUCAUGUUUAGUGAAAUAGUGUACUCAAACUCUUGUCUUAUUGUUGAGGGAUAUCAGUAUGAUUUUACAGCGUGAAUAAUCUUAUCUUGCAUAAGAAAUGCAAAGGUUAUGGGUGUGAUAGGUUGUAAAGAGUCGGAACAUUUGAUGAGCUUGUGCCACAGAUCCAAAUGUUCCAAUCUUUAAAAUCAAUUCUUUUGUGGUUACAAUGCCUUUGGUUACAUGUGGAAUGUUUUAUUAAUUUGUUGCAAUGCUAAAAAAGGCAAAUUAUUUUUGCCUAAAAGGGCUUGACUGUGACUUUAAUGUUUAAUGGUACCUAUUAAUUACUUUCCAUUGCAAUCUUAAUACACUGUGGUUUGAAACAACUCUGGAUUCUGACAAAAAUCAAUAAAGAAAUGUAA